AUGAGGGCGGGUCCUGUCAAAGAAGAAGUUGAGGAGCUGAAAGAAGUAGUGAGGAGGGAAGUAUUCACAACUAGUGCAGGUGACUUUUCACAUCAGCUCAAGUUUAUUGAUGCAAUCCAGCGCCUUGGCAUGGCAUACCAUUUUGAAAGUGAAAUUGAAGAAGCGUUGGAGCGUAUGCAUGCUGCAUUUCAUGACCAUGACUUUAGUGAUGAUGGAGAUCUAUACAACGUUGCUCUUGGUUUCCGGCUACUAAGACAACAUGGAUAUAAGGUUUCAUGUGAUGUGUUCAACAAGUUCAAAGACGAAAAUGGCAGCUUCAAGGAAUGUUUAAUUGUCGAUGUUCAGGGGAUGCUAAGCCUUUAUGAAGCCGGGCAUCUAGGCGUACGGGCAGAAGAAAUACUAGAUGAAGCUCUUGCUUUCACCACCACUCACCUUGACUCUGCUGCAAAAGCUCAUGGAAGCUACGAACAUGCAGAACAAAUCACUCAAGCCUUGGAGAGACCAUUUCUUUGUACAAAAAUAAGCUCAGUGAGAUUACAAGGUAAGUCUCUCUUCACCACCAACUUUGGGCACCAACUUGGGCACCAACUCUCUAAUAGAGGUGGAGCCCGCCAAUACACCGGGUCUCACGCUCUAUUAGAGAGUUGGUGCCCAAGUUGGUGCCCAAAGUGGUGGAAAGUAGAGUUUGAAAAGAAGGUGCCUUUCGCAAGAGACAGGAUCGUGGAGUUGUACUUUUGGGUAGUUGGAGUAUACUUUGAACCCCAAUAUGUCGACGCAUAUGCUAUGUUUGAAGAACUUGAGAUCUUUACCGCAGCAAUUGAGAGUUGCAUAGAUGAACUCCCAGACUAUAUGCAAAUAUUUUAUCGUACCCUUUUGAAUGUUGUCGAUGAAAUUGAGGAAGAGAUUGCAAAGGAUGGAAGAUCAUACCGAGUUUAUUAUGCAAAGGAAUCUUUGAAAGCUGUAGCCCGAGCUUACUUUGAGGAGGCCAGAUGGUUCAAUGAAGGAUACACCCCAACCAUGGAGGAGUAUCUACCUGCUGCAAUAGUUUCUACUGGUUACCCCAUGCUUUCAACUGUAUCCUUACUUGGCAUGGGAGAUAUUGUAACGAAGGACAUAUUUGAGUGGCUGUUCAAUGACGCAAAAAUUGUUAGAGCUUCCACGACCCUUUUUAGGUUCAUGGAUGAUAUUGUCACAAGCAAGUUUGAGAAAGAGAGAGGCCAUAUUGCCUGUAGUAUUGAUUGCUACAUGAAGCAAUAUGCGGUGUCGGAGCAAGAGGCACUUGAUGCUUUGAACAAGCAAGUGGUGGAUCUGUGGAAGGACAUAAACGGGGAGUUUCUCAGACCAACUGCAGCGCCAAUGGCUGUCCUAAUGAGAGUUCUUAAUUUAACAAAAGUGAUAGAUCUCCUUUACAAAGGUGACGAUGGCUACACGCGUGUUGGUAAACUGGUGAAGGAUAAGAUUGCUUCACAUUUUAUUGAUCCAGUGCCAAUUAUAUGA